AUGCAUCCAUUUGGCGGCACCCCAGUAUGUCCUCGCUGCGAAAAGGUCGUAUAUGCCGCUGAGCAGGUCAUGGGCCCCGGCCGCAAGCUUUAUCACAAGCCCUGUCUCAAAUGCUCGACCUGCAAGAAGCGACUCGACUCGUAUACCUUGCUCGAACACGACCAAGAGCCCUACUGCAAAUCGUGCCAUGUACAGAACUUUGGCACCCGGGAUCUGCGGCAAGCCAACCUCCCUUAUGCUGCAUCUCCAACACGGAGCAACGCGGAACUACCGGAUACCAAGGGGCAUGAAGAACAAGAGGAAGAGAAGGAUACACUCAACGAUUUGUCUUCUGGUUCGCCGACCCUUGCUUCAACGGUUGAGCGGAACAAUACUCUGGAUGCGAUUAACCGCAUCGCAAAGCCACUGAUCCAGACCUCGACGGGUACUCGGUAUGGCGCCGCUUUGGGUACGGUUUCACCUCAGACGACAGGAAAGAAGUGGGGAGGGGCUUCGACGACACCGAGGUGUCCCAAAUGCAACGGACUCGUUUAUUUUGCGGAGCAGGUCAAAGCGGUGGGCAAGACGUAUCACAAGGCUUGUCUGCGAUGCAUGGAGUGCAAUACGCUUCUCGACUCUACGCGGUUACGAGACCACGACGGGACACCGCUUUGUGGUAGGUGCUAUAGCAAGCUGCAUGGUCCGCAGGGGAGCGGGUAUGGGCUGCUUGGCAAGGCCGGAGGAUGACAUUGUACAGAGUCAAGCGACAUUACUCAACCUCAGUUCUGUACUCUACAUAACUUAUCUCAUGUAUCUAACCUGGGCGCAUUAUAUUUCAUCUCCGUUUCUACGUUU